AUGAAAGAACGACUAGCCUUGACACGCCGGCCCACUCGGGGAAUGACCCGAAAACUCGGGGUCCUGUCCACCUUCCCCUUGGAUAAUAUGGUAACCGAAGUACAUCGGUUGCUAGGGCCGACGUGGGCGUUACCUCCUUACAAUAGUAUUCUACCACCCUACUUGCAAGAACCGUCCUCGCGUCUGGGGAAAGAUGAUUUGGAUUUUCUCGUGCUGAAGGGUGCUCUGGAUAUUCCCGAUCCGGGGUUUGCGGGGGAGAUUUUCAAGGCGUAUAUUCGACAUAUUCAUCCACAUAUACCGUUUUUGGAUCUGGAUCUCUUUUCGGAUGCGAUUUUUGAGGAUGGACGGAAGUAUAAAAAAUCUAUUAGUUUGUUGUUGUUUCAGGCUGUUAUGUUUGCGGGCGCGAUCUUUGUGGAUUUGAAAUAUCUUUAUGCUGCUGGUUUUCUGUCGCGGCGACAUGCGUUGGAUACGCUCUUCCAACGUGCAAGGGCACUCUACGACUUUGACAUUGAAGACGACAAUCUCAUCGUCAUACAAAGCCUUCUACUCAUGACAUACUGGUACGAAAAUCCAGACAGACACAAAGACGGCCGCCACUGGAUCUCCGUCUGUAUUUCACUCGCCUGCAAAACAGGCCUACACCUCGAUCACACCUCGGCCCCAAAGCCAGACCAGAAAUUCCGAAACAUGCUCUGGUGGAGCGUCUUCACGCGAGAUCGCUUAAUCGCCCUGGGUCUCCAACAGCCACCCGUAAUCAAAGACGAAGUCCACAUGCCAGUCCCCCUGCUAGCCCUAGACGACUUAGACACCACGACUCAAAAAUACGCAAAAGCCAGCUACGGCUCCAACGAAAGAAACCUCGCGCGCAUCUUCGUCGAGAAAGUCAAACUGUGCCGCUGCGUCAAAGACGAUCUCUACUCCUGGGACUGCCAACCAAUCCACAUCCCCACCGUCGCAGCAAAACCCCGACAAACAAGCCUCUGGCUAUCCAAGCUCGAACUAGACGACUGGCUCCAGGAUUUACCAGAGGAUAUAUGCUUCCGCCCAAAACCCUUUCUGCCAUCGCACAACGCAGACCUGAUUUUCCACUCGCAUUGCGCGUGGUUGAAAAUGAUUUACUUGGAGAUAUACUCCACGAUACAUCGGCAACUGGAGUUUCUUUCGGAAAAGUAUAGUCCCAGUCAACCACUUUCUCUCGAUGGCCCCGAAGCAGGUCCCGUUCUCCGCGGCGCGGUCGAACUAACAGUCCUCCUGCAAGACCUUUACCAAAAGCAGUUGAUUUAUUACCUGCCCACGACGAGCGUGGCUAUGAUUCUGCGCGCAGGGAUUAUUCACAUCCAAGAAAUGUUCUCGGGGGACCCGCACGUUGGCGCGGCCAGUUUUCGUCGCUUAUCGCAAUGUAUUCUUGCACUGCAACAAUUAGGCCGGCGGUACGGGUCUGCGUUCUUUCUGGCGACGUUGUUAGGAGCGCCCAAGGGGUCGUCUGUUAUUACUUGUUCUCCUGAUGAGAUCCUGGCACAUGUUGAUAUUGAGUCGUUGGAUAAGCUUACCGUGAGUUAUUCCGAGUCGUCGGUCUCUACGAUUCUGAAGAUUAGGGAGCCGUAUGAUAGGGAUAUUAUAUCAGGGCUGAAGUCGCGGAAGGUGGAGAGGGCUGGUGACCCUGGGCAUGAUGGAUCUGCGAGGGCUUCUAGUUUGAAAAGUGAAUCUUCCUUGGGCGAUGCUUUUGAGAUGCCGGAUGUGGAUUUUGCGGAUUAUACUUUGGAAUAA